UAGCUAGUGCCAGUGCGGUGUGAGUAGAGCGAGUGAUUAGGCUGAAAGUUCAGCUUUUUUAUUGCUGGGAAUUUAAAGCAGUAAUAUCCCUGACUUCUAGUUAAUAUCACUUUACUGGUCUUUUUUUUAAACAGCGAUCAGUCCGACCUAUGAAAUGUCAGCUACGCUAGAAAAGAGCUCAGACAUCUUAGGAAAAAGAAGAAGAAGAAAUGCUUUUCAUAAUAAAAGUUUGGCAGCAAAUGGUAAUAGCAACUCCUGGGAAGAGAGGAGCUCUGGUUCCUCUACUGAUGAUGAGCAUGGUGGGGGAAGUGUGCGAGUUGGUAGCGAUUAUCAGGCUGUUGUUGUGGAUUAUGACCCUGAGGUUGCAAAAACUUGUCAAGACCGAGGGAAUCUUGGUAUGUUGGUGUGGUCACCUAAUGAAAGCCUAUCGGAUGCCAAAAUGGAUGAAUAUAUAGCAAUUGCCAAAGAGAAGCAUGGAUACAAUAUAGAGCAGGCUCUUGGUAUGCUUUUCUGGCAUAAACAUAAUAUAGAGAAGUCCCUUGCUGACCUCCCUAACUUUACACCCUUUCCAGAUGAGUGGACUGUAGAAGAUAAGGUUCUUUUUGAGCAGGCCUUUAGUUUCCAUGGAAAAUCUUUUCACAAAAUACAGCAAAUGCUACCUGACAAGUCUAUUGCAAGCUUAGUCAAAUUCUAUUAUUCCUGGAAGAAAACAAGAAGUAAAACCAGUGUAAUGGAUCGCCACGCACGGAGACAGAAAAGGGAACACAAAGAAAGUGAGGAGGAUAUGGAGGAAUCGAAUGGAAAUACUCACACAGAUUUGGAGUUGGAGGCAAGCAAAAAACCCAGAAGUGAAGCAGAGGUGCCUGAUACUGAACGCAUUCCUCAAGUAAAGAAAGAAACCAAUUUUGCACUACAGGGAAAGCACAGAGCAAAGAGAAAGCCACCUAAAGGAAUGCACAUCACUAAAGAAGAUGUUGAUCUUUUAUCAGCUACCAGCACUUCUGCUACAACCGUUUUACGACAGCUGGACACAGAUCUAAUUUCCAUCAAACGUCAGGUUCAGACAAUCAAGCAAAUAAAUAGUGCUCUUAAGGAAAAACUGGCUGGUGGAGUAGAUAUUUACAGACCUACAGAGCUCAACAGUCAAAGGCACAUUGAGGCAAAGCUGAGUUCCAAGAGUGAUCCAGGGAUUAAAUUCAUUGCUCGCUGGACAAAUGAAGAGCAGCUUCUUGCUGUGCAAGCAAUCAGAAAAUAUGGAAGAGAUUUGCAGGCCAUUUCAGAUGUGAUUGGGAAUAAAACUGUUGUACAAGUGAAGAACUUUAUUGCAAACUACCGGCGUCGCUUUAACAUAGAUGAGGUAUUACAGGAAUGGGAGGCAGAGCACGGCAAAGGAGGAGCAAAUGGAAAUGCAAAUGAGAAAUCUGUAAAAUCACCACAGCACACUGCCACAAAAGUCUCAGAAGAGGAAAAUGAGGCUUCUUCAGCACUUGAUGUCAGAUAUCCGACCACUUCCUGAAAUGCUACCAAUGAUUUAGAACAUUUUAAGGUGACUACUUCUAUAUCCAGAACUCUGGGUAACACCAAACCUUAGCCACUGACCUUCCUACAGUACAUGGAAAAGCAGCUGUUACCAAAAACUGAAGGGAGGCAAGACUGCUUGCAGUCAAACAAGUCGUCCACUCUCCAGUAGUUUCUUCAUUUCCAAGGAGUGCAUCCACCUUCUGUGAAAAUUAUUUCAGAAAAAAAGUUUUAACUAUAUGUGGGAGUGGUCAUGUUAUGCAUGUAUAAUUAAUUGGAACCGUCUUGCACCAUCCCUUCAGACCACAUUGUAUGCUGCUUCAGCCUGUUCCAUUCACAAGGAUUAUACCAAGUUUACCUUUGGCAGUGGUCGUCAUUGUUGCAGGUGCAGUUAUGUUAAACUGUGAUGCUCUAAAAGGUGUGUUGCUUACUGGUGAAUGCCAUGACCACUGCCAUGUCCACCAUCAGAUUUGGGCAGUGGACUGUGAACACACUGUGACACCACAUCAUACUUUUCUCUGUGGUCACGACGUCUUUGUCCAGACAUGCAGUUUUCAUAUCAGCUGCCAUAAUAUGACAGUUAUCCUUUGAAAUGAACUGAACACAUCAAAUGUCUAGCCUUGUAACAGCAAACCUCUCUUCAGCAAAGAUGACAUUCAAGGAUAUGUUAUGAUUUUACCUUUGGCCAGACAGCAGAACUGAUGUAUUCAUUUUUCAUAAAGUUUGUAGCCAUAUUUUGCAAGCAGAGUGAUAGGCUGUUACUGGCAAUUUACUUGUAUUUCGUCUCUGUCUUUAGAAACUUGAACCCAUUGAUAACUGGGUUGCUUAAUGAUGAAAUUAAACUGAAUAAAAGAUUAGUAAAUUUUCAGUUAUGAUAUAUUUCAACAGUCGUGGGGGGGGGGGGCAUUUGUUGACUGUUUAUGGCAAGUCUGGCAAACAAUCCAUUUACUUAUUCUGCCAUGGUAAAGAGGAACCAUUAUGGUGCAGAACAGGUAGGAAUUGAGUAAAACAUUUUUUCAAGAAAUUAAGCCACUUGUAUUUUCAUCCAGUAGGUAAAGUAAGUUUUCAGUCGUUUCUAUUUAUUGUGUGUUGUUGCCAUAAAGAUUACUGUGGUGCAAAUUAAUGAACUGGCACUUAAAAUAUGCUUAGUUUGUUUGGGUGCAGGAGGGAGAGAAGAAGAUGAAGAAGUUAUGCAGUAUACUGUAGUAUGUUUAACUUCAAUAUAGGGUUCAGCUUUAGCCUUUAAGUAACCUAACAUGUUCAUUGCUAUGUUCUCUGUUGCAGCAGGGUUACAGGAGGUUCACAGUAUUACACAGUGAAGACUCUGGUUUGCCUUCAUGGCUUUUCUGUGAAACUUUACUUGUUUCAGUAGUGCUAAUUUUUGAGACUUUUGCCCUAGAAGGUCCAUUGUCCAGCUAGACUUUGUUUUUUUUCAGUUGUUCCUUCAGGCCGAGUGAAUGCUCUCCCACUUGGUUGUCAGCAUGCCUGUGGCAUAAGAGGAACAUCCAUCUACUCCUCCUUCAGCUCUUCCUUGCCACAGUACAAGAAAGUUGAGUCAUUUGUUGAUACAAAUACUGAGCGUCAUCAGUCUGUCAGUUCUGCCCAACCUUGAGUAUUGCCGAUUGCCCUUUUGUGAAGUAAAAUUCAUCCUUUCUAGCUUUCUUGGAGAAUAGAAUACUGGGCUCAACUUUCAGAGUAUAGCAUACUUCUCAAGUGUCCAUGAUUUUGACUCAAAUUGUAACGCCGCCCCUGUUAAUCCAUCCUAAGAUUGGUGACUUUUGGAGAAAAGGUGGCAAAUUAUACUUAAUAAAUUAUGGCAAUAAUUAGAGUUAUAGACUUCUUUUUACUGUAGAAAAUGUAUAUUAAUUCACAUUCUGUUAAUGUCUCAAGUUAUUAGGACUAAUAUGUAAAAGUGUCCUUGAUUAUUUCUGGAUUUGUCCCUGAUUCACUGAGAGCUAUGGAGUGCAACCAAGUGCCCCUUUGCUGGGAAGGGAACUUUCUUUCCUUUUAUCUAUUUGCUUAUAUAGUACGUCUUUUUUGGGAUGGCAGCAGGUUAGAUGUAAGUUUCUGAGAAUAACAAGUGCAUCUCAUGUAAAAACUAAAUCCCUCAUACAGGCUUUCACAUUCAGUGCUUAUUUCAGAGUAUGACAUUGUGUACUGUCUUCAUUGUUCUAGAUUCGACCAGAAGACAGUAAAAUGGAGAUCAAAAUCUCUCCAUGACUGUGUGAACCAGAAAAGUCUGCAUGCCUUGUCCAAGGCUGCCAUAGUGUCGACCAGGUCAUCCAUGAAUGCCCCACUUUUAAAAUGUAAACUGAAGAGAAGGGAUUCAGGAAGAUUAAUGACAUACCCGUUGAGUAUCAUGGAUUCCCAUACUCUAGGACAUUGUGCUUGUGAGGUGUUUUUGCUGUCCCUGACCCUGAUAGCUAAUUUGGGCUGAGAUGUCUGGUGAAGCCCCUCAGGUUGCCAUAUUGUCAGAAGAAAGCUGAUACGAAGAGAACAGAGAGGUCUAGUCCAGCCCAUACUGGUGGAUCUUUUAUUUGAGGGGACUGUCGACAUAAUGCCAGAGCAGAAAGAGGGCACAGGGUUUUACUCAAGGCUGUUUAUAGUCCCAAAAAAGACGGCCCUUAGAGACCUGUUUUAGACAUGUAUAAAAGAUAAACAAGUUACUUCUGUUGCCAGAGUAAAAAAAAAAAAAAAAAGCUAACUUGGCACUGCCUGUCCUCGUCUCUCAAGCUUUCGUAGUAAUGCUAGGACAAAAAGAUGCCUCAAUACACAUUGCCAGAACAGACAGACAGUUUCAUGGAUUCAAAGCAUCAGUUACUCACUAGCAGUUUAUUUGCUCUGCACCCAGGAUGUUCACAGAGUGACUGGCUGCAGUAACCACCUCCUGCAGGACCAAGGGCAUUCACAUUUUACCCUUACCAUGAUGACUGCCUUGUUCAGGCUGCCCCAUUAGAGGAAGCACAUAUGGCCCUAUAGUCUACUGUCAGUCUCUAAGUCUCUGAAUCUUCCACAGUCACAGCCAGUGCCCACCCAACAAGUCUAGUUUCUGGAACUUUCUUUCCUCUCAAAAGGCGUUUUUCCUCACUUAUUUUUCUACUGUAGAACAUCAGAAUCCAAAUACAGCCAGGGAAUUUAUUGGCACACUUGGGGGAUGCCAUGCUCAGUCCUUAUACUCCCCCUGACAAGACUGGACAUGAGAAAUCUGCAGUAGUACCUGAGAACAGGUAGUGCCGGCAUACAACUCCCUACAAUGCCCUACUCCUUUUUUACCUUGUCUCAAGAAAUUAAGUAUUCUGGUAGAUAAUUCAGAUGAAGGUCAGUCAGGUGGAUCCAAGACACCAAAAUCAAGGGCCUGGGCAACAGAUGCUUUCUCAAUAAGUUGGGCAGGUCUGUUUCUCUACACCUUUCCCUAUAUUGCUGUUGUCAAGGUAAUAAAGAAGAUAAAGUAGGACAAGCCAGAAAUGUUACUCAUAAAGUAACCUUUUGGCCACUUCUGUUUUCUGUAUUACUUUGUGGAAAAGGAGGACUAGAAACAGAAGAGCACAUUUUGGAAAAUUGCUACUCCUAGUAACCUUUUGGCUGGUUAAGCACUGGUUCUCUCUCCGAUUGAGCCUGGUAAGAAUGGAACAUUGCCUGCAGCCUCAGCAUGUAGACUUCUUAACCCAAAGCAAGAGUUCUCCCAUACACUCCAAACUGAAGACUGUGAAGCUGACCACUUGGGUGAUCUAGCACUCAUCCCUUGUAGGUUCAUGUCUGUCAAAGUUGUUUGCUAGCUUAACGAAGGUUAGAAAACAGAUGUAAGAAAAUCAUAGCUAGCAAAAUAGAAGCAGUACUCCAUUUGAUGCCAGAGAAGGGCUCUGGCCCCUAACUACUCUUGGUGAUGAUGGUCCUCAUAUACUUGUCAUAUCUUUAUAUAUCAGGAUUGUAUUAUACUGUAGAGAAAGUACAUGUUUGAUAUUUUUGCCUGCCACCCAUGAGAUCCACCCAUGUAGUCCUGGUUAUCAAUAAAGCAAUUCCUCAGAGAGUCUUACACCUGUGGCCCUCAAAAUGUAAUCUGUCCUCCAUAGAACUUUAGCUGUUUACUGGUGAAGUUAAUAUUACCACCACUUGAACCAGCAGCUGUAGCACCCUCAAAUAUCUGAAUUGGAAACUGCUUUUCUUAGUGGCCAUUACAUUUCCUAAUAGGAUGUCAGCAUUACAGCCGUCAUUGUACAAGUAACCAACCCUUUCUCAUAUCUGUCAAGGAUGGGGGUAUCCUUCCACACCAACCACAGCUUUGUGCACAGAAGUGCUGAGAAAGGUAUUUCCAAAUCAGAACAUUAACCCCUCUACUUUCUGUCCUAUCCCUCAGUGCAAGGUGAAAGUUAUCAUCUUUACUCUGGAUGUCCACAGGCAGAUGACAUUUUUUGCUUAGAACAGACUAAAGAAAUAAGUCAGGCAAGUUAUUCAUACCUUUGAAAGGGUAGGAAAGGCAGUCUUGUUUCAUGACAGGCCUCGACAUGGCUACCUUACUGUAUCUCAUCCUGUUGUGCUUUUGGUGGCAGGAGUGUAGCAGAGAAGGUGAAAGCUCUCUCCAUAAAAAUAACAGCUGCCACUACACCCGUACUUAGAGGGAUUAGCACCCAGGCCUUCUUGAAAGCAGCUACCUGGUCAUCUGCCUGCACCAUCUUUAAACAUUAUUGGAACAUUACAUGUAGCGCUAGGACAGGUUUUGCCCCAACAUUCUAGAGGGACUAUUACAGCCAUUACCUUCUCAUGGCUAGCUGCUGUCUGGACUCAUAAGCUUUGGGACUCUUCCCAAGAUUAAUACAACAGUGAGAAAUGUGAAAAGAAAAUGAUUGCAUAGAAACCUACCACAUUUGUAUUUGUUUGACAAUGUUCACUGUUGCAGUAACCAGCUGCACCUGUGUUUCCAGCCUGUAGACACCCAGGUGUUGGUGUGGAUAGCCCGGCACCUCUUUCCUCACCCUCCAACUAACUCUUCUACCUGUACAAGGUGCCUCCCAGGCUGCAUAGUAUUUUGAGAGUGAACUUUGGGGGCUGUUCUGGUUGGGCUGCCAUCUUUUCAGGCAUAUGCCAUGUGGACGGCUAAUGAACUGACUUCAGAUAAGACCCCUGCAGCUAACAGUGGCAGUAAAGAACUGGAGAUGGUUUGGACACAUGUCCCUUCAAAGGAAUGCAAAUAUCCACGGGGAAGGAUGUUUGACUGGCCAGAAGGGGAAAGGGAAAAAAAGCUCUGGAAGUCAGUUUGGGUGGUAGGCCUUCUGUGAUAGAAGUCCCAAGAGUUUAGCAUAAGCAUAAAGGAGAAAAAUUAUCCUGGAUCUUAUCAGUCUCCACCACCGUCCAUCGUAUCACUGCAUUUAUGUUGGGAUAUUUGGCUUAAUGUGUUGUCAGACAGAAAGUCUUUACUGUGACUACCAGUCUGUAAGUGAAUUGAAAUGGGCAGUAUGUAAAGGGAGUUUAUUUCCACACUUCAGAUUGUGACAACUUCACAUGUGUGUGUGGUGGAGGGGGGGGGGUGCAUGUCACUUGCUUUGGAGAUGUGGUCUUUGAAGAGUACUUUUUUUUUUUUGAGUGAAGCUCUCAGGAAUUCAAAGAUAAAAUAAUCCAAAAUAUUUAAAAAAUGCUAAGUACAUGCAGUGGCAGUGUGUUGGGUAGCUGUAUGGUUUCUAACAAAGUUCUAAGGGUUUCAAAAAUCUUUGUAGCACUUUUUAUGAGGUUCCAUUGCCUAACAGAACUGUCCAUGUUGUGAUGAUAAAUUGCAUUUCAUGACUGUACCAUAAAUGACAGAGUAGCAGUUUAGACUUUGAAUUCAGGGAGGAGCUAAUCUCAUUUCAGCCUAGUGGGCUAUGUGACCAAACAGUACAGGUUGUUGCAGUUUACACCAGUUGUACCAUUUGUUUUACUGUCCAUGUUUCUUAAAUGCAUUUAAACCUGAGUAGCUGAGCCCCUUGGGCUUUUACUUUGCCAUGGACUUGGAAUGGUGCUUGAUUUUUUUUUUCUUUUGAAGAUUUGUACAGAUAAAUUGGGUUGGAAGAAUAGUUCAGUAACUGAAUAUGUAAUAUAUUUUCAUGUUUGUAAAAUAUGUACCUUUUUAACUUUAAAAAUAAGGAAGUUAAACCAUAAUCUAAAAACAUAUGGACCAGCAUCUGGCCAGCUGGAUUCUUUUUUAUGUAUAUAUCAAUUAAUAUUUUUUUCUUAUUAUAGUGAAUUUUGCUUAAAAAGGUAGUUGUAUGCUGGUGUCCAUGGGUCCAGUCUUUCAGCUACUACCAUCAAUAUGUACAUAAGUUUCUUUCCACACCUUUCUUAAAAUGUUAAUAUAAAUGCCAUAAUUAUUAACUGUUAUGGAAAAUGGGCUUUUCAAAUUUCUGUAAAUUAUUAUUUGGGUUGUACAACUGGCAAAAUGAAUGAUUUGUUAAAAUUACCUUCUUGUUUUUAAAAUGGGAAGGUUAAAUAGUCUUUGUUACAUAUAUAUGGAUGAAAUUCCUUUUUUAUUUAAAUUUGCCUUCUGUUUGUACACAUUGUUUUAAUGUAAAUCUUCCAUAAUACAAGAAGACCUUAUUACUUGAAUAUUGUGUAAAUUGUUCAGCAGCAGAGCAGUGAAAGUUUGCUUUGUGUAUUUUUAACAACAUAAAGGUGCAAAUGUAUUUGCAAUUAA